UGCCAAGACGUCUCCAUCCUGUAGCCGUCCGGUGGCCCAUCCUGGGAGGGACUUUAACUCUUCAGAGAUGCGUAAUUCCCCCUGCCGCGAAGUCAGCCGCUUUCGGGGAAGCGAAGAGCCCGACCACCGCCAGCCUUUGCUUUUGGUUUCGGUUGCUGCUUUAUAAAACUUCCCACCAAGGCGAGCGCAGAAGGGGAGAGAGAGAGAUCGCUGCAGGCUUGCAAAGAGAGCCGGCGGGCGAUCCAUUGAUUUCCUUUGCAAAGACGCUGUAUCUUUUCCAGAAUGCUGAUGGAGGCUCCCGUGUGCCUGAUUGAGAACAGGCCAAAUGGCCUCCGUGCUUCUCCAGAGGCCCUUCGGUUGCUCUCGGAAAUCCAGAAGCCGGUGGUGGUGGUGUCCAUCGUGGGACUCUACCGUACGGGCAAGUCCUACCUGAUGAACAAGCUGGCUGGCAAAACUACAGGUUUCCCUUUGGGCUCCACAGUGCAAGCCAAAACGAAAGGAAUUUGGAUGUGGUGCAUUCCCUAUCCGGACAGGCCUAACCAAACCCUGGUCUUGCUGGAUACUGAGGGGUUAGGUGAUGUGGAAAAAGGCAAUUCUCAAAAUGAUGCCUGGAUCUUUGCUUUGGCCGUGUUGCUGAGCAGCACCCUGGUCUACAACAGUGUGGGGACCAUUGAUCAGACUGCCCUGGACAAGCUUCAUUUUGUGACGGAGCUGUCUGACCAUGUCAAGGCAAAGGCUUCCUCCAUUCCUAGAGAUACAGAAGACUCCUCUGAAUUUGUUCGCUUCUUCCCAACUUUCGUCUGGUCGGUGCGAGAUUUCACCCUGCAGCUGGAACGGGAUGGGCAACCCAUCACGGAGGAUGAGUAUCUGGAACAUGCUCUGGAAUUAAAAAAAGGGAGCACCCAAAAGGAUCAGAUAUUCAAUCUGCCACGCAAAUGCAUCCGACUGUUCUUCCCCACCCGGAAGUGUUUCGUCUUUGAUUGCCCUACUACAAGGAAGAAGUUACCUUACCUAGAGCAGAUGAAGGAAUGUGAGCUGGACCCUGACUUUGUGGAACAAGCGAAGAUGUUCUGUCGUUUUGUCUAUUGGACUUCUCGAGAGAAGACUCUUCCAGGCGGGCAUGUUGUCACGGGCAACUUGUUGGCAAAGUUGGUCGAGACCUAUGUGGAUACUAUCUCCAGUGGGAACGUUCCCUGCCUGGAGAACACAGUCUUGGCAUUGGCUGAGAUUGAGAACAGGGUAGCCGUGCAGGAAGCUGUUGCUCGCUAUGCACAACUGAUGGAGCAAAGCUUGGAGCUACCCACUGAGACUCUCCAGGAACUUCUGGACGUACACAAAAAAUGUGAGGAGCAAGCCCUUGAGAAGUUCAUGGCUCGUGCCUUUAAGGAUGAUACACGUCAGUUUCAGCAGGAAUUCAUGAAAACUCUGGAGAGCAAAAAGGAAGCGUACUGCUGCAAAAAUGAGCUGAAAUCUUCUGAAAUCUGUUCAGCUUUAUUGAGCUCGCUCUCUGAGAACCUGGAGACCAACAUCAAGAACGGAAGCUACUCCCGACCUGGUGGCCACCAGGAAUUUCUAAAUGACCUCCAAACAACGGAGAAACAAUUCUUGCAGACCCCUAAGAAAGGAAUAAUGGCAGGGAAGAUCCUGAAAGAAUUCCUCCAGAGCAAGGAGAACAUCGGCAAAACCAUCCUUCAAAGCGACGUGAGCCUUCAAGAGAAGGACAAAGAAAUAGCAGAUGGACAAAUGAAGGCCAAAGCCGAAAAACUAGAAAAAGAGAUCCAGAAACAGGAAAAAGAAAUGCUCCAACAGAAGUUGGAGGACCAGAAACAGACUUAUGAGAUGAACUUUCAGAAGCUAAAGGAAAAGAUGGAGGAAGAAAGGAAACAGAUAAUAGAAGAGAAUGAAAAGAUGACCCAAAGCAAACUCAAGGAGCAAAAGGCUUUAUUGGAAGAGGGUUUCUUGAAGGAAGCGAACCAGCUGAGCAAGGAAAUCCAGCAGCUCAAAACCGAAAAGGAAGCCGUGGAACAACCAAAUUGGAUCACCACAGCUCUACAAAUCCUGGGAAAUGCCUUCAUUGACGCAGUGCCCCUAAUUCUGGACAAAUUUGUUGCGGUCUUUCUCACACCUGGCGGAAGUGAGGAGGAGGAGGAGGAGGAGGAGGAGGAGGAGUAUGGUCACCAGGCAACUGGACAACAUUUUGAUUGGACUGAAAGGAUAUAUUGACACAAAUCAAUCUAACUAUUGCUCUUUGCUUCUAUUAAAGAGGUUGCUUGUACUAUUUUGCUAUGGUUGGGAAUCAUUUGUUCGGAAUUCAUUCUAUAAGGGAAUUGUAAUCCUUUUCUAUCUGGUUUCUCGCGUCUGUAAUUUGCUUCAGAGCUAGGCACAUCCUUGGAGACAG